AUGCGAACCCAAGUAACCCUCAUUGAGGGGAUCUACGGCAGUGCCUCACGCGUGUUCGCCUCGCUGGUGCCUCCGCCCGAACAUCGCGAACCGUUCUCUACGAGAUCUUUUCCUAUUGCCAUCAUCAGCCCGUCGGUACCAUUCCUCCUUCUUGCAUACCUCUCCAGAAGAGCCGACACGCACCUCACUCGCUUGCUGCUGUUGCCAGUCGCCGUGACGAGUGCGCUGUACUUCACCCUUCAUUACAAGAUCGAGGAUGCCCGGUACGGGAUCUUCGAGUUCAUUCGCUUCUUGGUUGGCUAUUACAUCUUAGGAAAGUCUCUCAACUUCGCAUUCGUACGAGAGGGCAGGUUCAAGACGGGAGAGAGGAGGCUGCAACGCGUCAACGAGGUGUCCGCUUCUUCUGGGAUCCUUCCUCCAAGUUUGAACGACGCCCUGGAACUCGCCUUCGCAGUGCGAGGCAUAGGCUGGGACUUCGGCCGUGACGUCUACGUACCACCGCGAACGAAGUCCACGCAGCGUGGACGUUUUCUCAGAGACGCAACCGUCGCCUGUAUCAAGAACUUCCUCAUCGUUGACCUGUGCGAUUCGCUCAUCAAACUCGCUCCAGGGGUGGACUCCCUAGAAGACGGCUCGAUGUUCCUACAAGAUUUACCUCUACACUGGCGUUACUCCCUCUCGACGGCCGUCUAUGUCCUCGGCGGAAUGCUGAUCAUCUUCGGACUCGAGGCCGGGAGUGACUUUGUCUCGCUGCUAGCUGUUGGCCUCCUCCGCAGCUCUCCCGAUGCAUGGUUCCCACUCUACGACAGUCCUUGGAGGUCUACAUCACUACACCACUUCUGGGGCAAAGGCUGGCACCAGCUUCUUCGACACGUGUUCCUCUCCUGUGGUGGCUACGCCGGUGGUUGGCUCGCUGGCCAAGCGGGACUGGUUCUCGGAACAUUCCUCGCAUCCGGACUGUACCAUGAACUCGGGAUGCAGUUGUUGGAUCAUCGCAUCAUGCUCUUUUUCGUGCUACAAGGCAUCGGCAUUUUGCUGGAGAACGUGUACAAGCGGUAUACUGGGAAGAGGGUCGGGGGUGUCAUGGGCUGGUGCUGGACGGCAUUCUGGGUGAUUAUACUGGGGCAAAUGUGCACUGCGCGGGCUAUAGGUCGUUUACCUGGUGCAAUCCUGAUCCCAAGAAAGCUCAGCAUUGUCAGGGGCCUUGUCUUUCCUGGAAUACGCUAUCUCAUAGAAUCCAUCGUUUCCCGCUGA